GUCCCCUCCGUGUCACCCCCGGGCUCUGCUGUCCCCUCCGUGUCACCCCCGGGCUCCGCUGUCCCCUCUGUCCCCGCGGCCACCGUGCGUGUCCCCGCAGGCCAUGGGGGAUGGAGCGGGAGGAGGAGGAGGAGGAGGAAGGAGCGAGGGCUGAGGAAGAGGCGGGAGCCGGCGGUGAGGAAGAGGAGGGAGCCGGGGCUGAGGAGGAUGGCGAUGACGCCGAGGAUGAGGAGGAUGAGGCGGAUGAGGCCGAAGGCGUGGCGGCGCGCUUCCUGGCGCUGCAGCGCGGCCUGUCCGAGCGGCUGCGGGCGCUGCCGCCGCCCGGGCCGCCCGUGGCGCUCGUGUACGCCCCGCUCGAGUACGCGUGGGAGCCGCACCGCCGCUUCGUGCGCCGCUUCCUGCGCGCCCCCACCGCCGUGCUCUUCCUCGGCAUGAACCCCGGCCCCUUCGGCAUGGCCCAGACCGGGGUGCCGUUCGGCGAGGCGUGGCACGUGCGGGAGUGGCUGCGGGUGUCGGGCGCGGUGCGGCGGCCGCCGCGGGAGCACCCCAAGCGCCCGGUGCUGGGGCUGCGCUGCCCGCGGGCCGAGGUCAGCGGCGCCCGCUUCUGGGGGCUGGUGCGGAGCCUGUGCCCGGACCCCCGCGCCUUCUUCCGCCACUGCUUCGUGCACAACCUCUGCCCCCUCCUCUUCCUCGCCGCCAGCGGCCGCAACGUGCCCCCGCCGGAGCUGCGGGCGGCCGAGCGGGAGCGGCUGCUCGCCCCGUGCGCCGCGGCGCUCGCCGCCACCGUGGAGGCGCUGGGCGUGCGGCUCGUGGUGGCCCUGGGCCGCGUGGCCGAGCUGCGGGCGCGCCGGGCGCUGCGGGCCGCGGGGCUGGCCGUGCCCGUGGCCUGGAUCCCGCACCCGUCCCCCCGCAACCCCCGCGCCAACCGCGGCUGGGAGAGCGAGGUGCGGGCCAGGCUGGCGGAGCUCGGCGUGCUGCGGCUGCUGGGGGUGCGGGAGGGGCCGGGGCUCGACCGGUUGGGGGGCUGGGGGGGAGGGCGUUGGGGGGUCCCUGCCCCAGUUUGACCAGUUUGGGUCUGAGGAAAAGGGGGUUGGGGGGUCCCUGCCUCAGUUUCCCCGCUCAGGAGCUGAGGGGAAGGAGGUUGGGGGGUCCCUGCCUCAGU